AAUUUAAAAUAUUUUUUAAUAAUUUAAUUCUGUUUUUGACAAAUGACAAAAAAUCUCAAAGAUUAACAACAUUCUUUUUCAGUGUUUUUUGUUAGGAAUUUUAUCAUUACACUUUGAUUGGAUUUGGCAAUUAUGUUUCAUCAGGGAUAAUCAACUUACACAAGUAUAUGUCCUAAAAAUCUUGGAGUAUAGCAGACUUAUAAGAAAGUAUGCCUUUCAGAUGCUUGGCUAAAAGUGAAAGUAUAAACAGUAACCGUGAAGUUUCCUUCAAUUUUAUUCUAAAAUCUUUAAAAAAUUGUAUUUAUUAUAUACAAUAAUGAAUUUGAGACAACAAUUAAUAAUUAUUUUUUUUCUACUCGAUGGAUGCUUGUCAAUAGAAUUUGGAGAAUACUUUAAAAAUUGUUAUCUGAAUUCUCCUGAAUUUGAUUCUUGCAUCGUGGAAAGUUUAAAUGCUGUAAGGCCCUAUUUCAAAACUGGAUUACCAAAAUACAAUGUGACUCCGUUCGAUCCAUUUUAUGCCAAGGAAGUAUCAGUACGCAGAGGUUUACCAAAUGCAGGAUUUAAAUUAACUUUGAGGAAUAUAACGGAAAGUGGAUGGACAGCUAGCAAAGUGACAAAAUUCUUCAGUGAUUUAGAUAACUACAAGAUAACAUACACUCAGAAGUUUCCUAAAAAGAAAUUGGUUGGAGAUUAUGAUUUUUCGGGAUUUUUCCUCGGAUCAACAAUAAACAAUAAAGGAACAUUUUCAUUGAUUCUGUAUAAUCUUGUGCAGACUACAACAAUAACCAGUGUUCCAAAAAAAGCAAUGCAAGUGAAGGUUAACGUGCAAACAAUAAAAGAUUUAGAACUGCAUAUAUCAAAUUUGCUACAAGGAAGAAAUUUUUUGGAGGAAGUUUUAGAUCGCAUUAUAAAUGGAGCUUGGCAACCAGGAUUUGCUGUAAUACGGCCAAUAAUUAAUGAAUUAGUAUCAACAGCGUUCACUGAAAUAUUUGGGAAAGCUUUUAAAAACUUUCCAUUUCAAGAAAUUAUAAAACCACAACCUUUUUACAAAUUUAAUAGUACUAAAGUGUAAUUCUUCUUACUUGUGACAUUACAAUUGAAUACUAAAUAUCAAAAUGUAUAUAUGUUAUUAUAUAAUUCAGAGUAACUUCUAUGAUAUUUAAUAUAUAUAUAUAUUCUU